UAUAUAUAUAUAUAGCAAAGUGGGAAGAGAGAGAGACUUAGGUGGGUAGCGAUGGAGCAGUCAGAAAAAUCGCCGAAGAAAAUAUCCUCAGUGAGAUCAUCAUUUCCGAGAGAUCCACGUGGCUCACUCGAAGUGUUCAACCCAAACACUUCAACUGCAACGAACUCGCGCGUGCGCUCACAACCGCUUUGGAAACCGUGGACGGAGUCGGAGGAGCCGCGCAAUGAAAUCACCGCCACGUCGUGGAUGGCCAUUAAUCCGGCGGCGCAAGCAGACGCAGAAUGCGACACGGCGGCGCAGAGGGCCGCGGAGUGGGGAUUGAUGCUCCGAACCGACACUGAGACCGGCAAGCCGCAGGGCGUGGCGGUGAGGAACUCCGGCGGCGAGGAACCCAACGUUGCCAAACUUGCCGCCACUGCUUCGUCUUCCAGAAAGAACUCUCAGAACUCCGCGAGAACCUCCGGCGACUCCUCCUCUGAUGGCGGAAUCGGCGUCGUGGAUGGGAUUCCGAGAAUUUCGGAGGACGUGAUGGGUGCUUUGUCGGCUUUCCAACAAACUUUCGUGGUCUCGGAUGCUACCAAACCCGAUUACCCGAUCCUGUAUGCGAGUGGCGGGUUCUUUAAAAUGACGGGUUAUACGUCGAAGGAAGUUAUCGGGAGAAACUGUCGAUUUUUACAGGGUGCGGAUACUGAUCCCGGUGACGUGGCAAAGAUAAAGGAAGCAUUGGAAGCUGGGAAAAUCUACUGUGGAAGGCUAUUAAAUUACAAGAAGGAUGGAACACCUUUCUGGAACCUUCUCACGAUUUCCCCGAUCAAGGAUGAAGAUGGCAAGGUCCUCAAAUUUAUCGGGAUGCAAGUGGAGGUUAGCAAGCACACGGAAGGGUUGAAGGAGAAGACGCUACGUCCCAAUGGAUUACCGGAAUCCUUGAUUCGAUACGAUGCACGCCAGAAAGAGAAAGCUACAAACUCAGUAUCUGAGUUGGUGCAGAUCAUGAAGCGCCCCCGAGCAUUGAGUGAAUCCGCAAGCAGACCCUCCAUCAGAAAAUCCGGAUUUGCUGAGGAAGAAAAACAGUCACUACAGGAAGAAGAAGAGGAGGAGGAGGAGGAGGAGAAAGAGAAAGCAGAAAAAAUAUUCAGAAGAAAAUCUGAGAGUGGGGUUUCAUUUGGACGCAAAUCCGAAGGAGGAAAUAAAAUUUCAAUGCAACGAAUCAGUGAAGUACCUGAAAAUAAACUGAAAAACUCUCAGCGCCGUUCUUUCAUGAGGUUCAGGCGGAAAAGUCGGUCCAACGAUGAAAGCGUGGAAAAUGAAGUUAUUGAGGAUGUCAGCUCUGAUAGUGAGGAUGGUGAGAGGCCUGAUAGUUUUGACGUAGAUGAGAAAGAAAAGCAGAGGGAAAAAAGAAAAGGUCUUGAUCUUGCUACCACGCUUGAACGUAUUGAGAAAAACUUUGUCAUUACUGACCCAAGGCUUCCAGACAAUCCAAUAAUCUUUGCAUCGGAUAGCUUCUUAGAGCUUACAGAAUAUAGUCGUGAAGAAAUCUUGGGAAGGAACUGCAGGUUUCUACAAGGACCUGAAACUGAUCCAGCAACUGUGAGAAAAAUUAGAGAGGCAAUUGACAACCAAACAGAAGUUACCGUGCAACUGAUUAAUUAUACAAAGAGUGGGAAGAAGUUCUGGAACCUGUUUCAUUUGCAACCUAUGCGUGAUCAGAAGGGAGAAGUGCAGUAUUUUAUUGGUGUUCAACUAGAUGGUAGUCAACAUGUAGAGCCUCUUCAGAACUGCAUCGCAGAAGAUACUGCAAAGGAGGGAGAACAAAUGGUCAAACAAACUGCUGAAAAUGUUGAUGUGGCAGUGAGAGAUCUUCCGGAUGCUAAUACGAAACCAGACGAUUUAUGGACAAAUCAUUCAAAAGCAGUUCACCCCAAACCUCAUAGGAAGGAUAACCCUGCAUGGAAAUCUAUCCAGAAGGUCCUACAAAGUGGAGAACAAAUAGGUUUAAAGCACUUUAGGCCGAUUAAACCUUUAGGAUCAGGAGAUACUGGCAGUGUGCAUCUGGUGGAGCUAAGAGGAACAGGUCAAUGUUUUGCCAUGAAGGCUAUGGAUAAGAGUGUUAUGCUCAAUCGUAACAAGGUGCAUAGAGCUUGCGCAGAGAGAGAAAUUCUUGACAAGCUGGACCACCCUUUUCUACCUGCAUUAUAUGCUUCGUUUCAGACCAAAACACACGUUUGUUUGAUAACUGAUUAUUGUCCUGGGGGAGAAUUAUUUAUGCUUCUUGACCAGCAACCAACUAAGGUUCUAAAGGAAGACGCCGUGAGAUUUUAUGCAGCUGAGGUAGUGAUUGCAUUGGAGUAUCUUCACUGCCAAGGGAUAAUAUAUCGAGAUUUGAAGCCUGAAAAUGUGUUAAUCCAGAGCAAUGGGCAUGUGUCCCUAACAGACUUUGAUUUGUCAUGUUUAACUUCUAGUAACCCACAGCUUAUAAUUCCAGCUUCCAAUUCAAAAAAGAAGAAGAAGAAGAAACAGAAAAGUCAGGAGGUUCCAAUGUUUAUGGCUGAACCAAUGAGAGCAUCAAAUUCUUUUGUUGGCACAGAAGAGUACAUAGCCCCGGAAAUUAUAACUGGUUCUGGUCACACUAGUGCUGUUGAUUGGUGGGCUCUAGGCAUUCUUAUAUAUGAAAUGCUCUAUGGAUAUACUCCAUUCCGAGGGAAAACAAGACAAAAAACGUUUGCAAAUAUUCUUCACAAGGAUCUUAAAUUUCCCAAAAGUAAACCGGUAAGUCUCCAGGGAAAGCAGCUAAUUUAUUGGUUAUUGCAGAGAGAUCCCAAAGACAGAUUGGGGUCACGUGAAGGAGCAAAUCAAAUUAAACGUCAUCCUUUCUUCAAAGGUGUAAAUUGGGCACUGGUUCGUUGCAUGAAACCUCCUGAACUUGAUGCUCCUCUCUUACCGAAAACUGAAGAAGAAAAAGAAGACAAAGAUAUGGAGGAUUUACAGACAAAUGUUUUCUGAAAGGAUUAGGAAGAUGAAGUUAUAUAUGAUAUGGCAUUCAAGAAAUGAUGAGUUCUUUGCGAUUUUGAACAAUUAAAGGAAUUCAAUCCCUCCUUUCAGUGGUGCAAAGUUUGAUCAUGAUCAUUGAGAUUUACCAAUGGAAGAUCUAAAAUUAAUGUAAUUUUAUUAGAUUUAAGCUGUUUGACCUUCCAUCAAGGGAGGGAUUAGGAACUGAAACCAUCAAGCAAAUUAUAUUAGUCUAGUCUAGUGUGGAAAUUUGUGUAUAUUUUAAGAAUAAUUUAAAACAUGCAUUGUAACAUAAUAAUAAAUAUGUAUUGUUGAAUUAUUAUUUGAAAAAAAAAGUAGUGUGACUCUUGUA